AUGCAACGUUUGCGGCCUCUGCAGCUGCUGACGGCUUCUCGUAGCUUGACACGAUGCGUUUAUUGCUCAGCUAUCGUCUCGGCAGCACGGGCAGCGGAUCCGUCACCUCGUCGCAGCUCUACACCUCUACGUUUGCUUCAGCGCAACAGGCCAGCUCGAACAGACUCACUCGCCGAUGUGGCCCCACCGACGAGCUUAGAGGAAGCCUCAGAGGCUGUUCAUGUACCUCUAUCAGAUUGGGGGCCGCUCGAAGUCAUCUAUGAGUCCAAAAAGGACCCAAUCUAUGUCAUCAUGAUGUAUGUGUUCGCCGUACUAGGUGCAGCAGGUCUGGCCAACUUUGCAGAUCUCGUGCGGCUGUACAUGCCGAAGAUGGAGAAUCGCAACGGCAAGCUCACCGUCACCGAAGAACUGGCGUCGCCGACUGCGCGCUAUACAGCCGCAAGUCUGACGCUUCUCGUUGGUCUCACGCUGGGAGGUUACAUGCUAUACGUUCCGACGAAACAAGCUCGUCGCAUACUCGUCGCCUUGCCAGGGCCCGAGAUGCGCGCGCUCUUUCCUGCUCAAGUCAGUCAGUCGACUCUGUUGCGACAUUCAGCCAUGCUCAUCGAAAGCGAAGCAAGCAUUGUACCUUUUGUCCCUCGCAGUCUUGCCACAUCGCCCGAAGCAACGCCUCUGUCGGCCUUUGAGCUCAUCGGUCCCCUGAGCGAUAAAGCUCACCCAUGGUAUCCGCCUCUGCCUGCCUUUUCGCCUGCCGCUGCGUCCAGACAAAUAUCAGCCGGACUUGGUCUGCGAGGCACUCGAAAAGCCUGGAAUGUCCUGAAGGAAGGAACAUGGCAGGACAAGGUCGCUUUCGAGAGAGCGCUUCUCGGCCGCGCGUCGAAAGUCGAUGCUUUCCCCAGCUGCACUUCAAAGCUCGCAUCUAUUGUCAAGCGCCGGGACCACUUCACUGCUGGCUCUCCAGCAUCAAGCUAUACCCAUCUUACUUUCGAUACCUCACUUUUCGUAUUCGAGAAGCCGGCUGCUUCCCGUUCCCUACACUCGACUUGCAGAGCAUCUCGAACUCUCAAAAUGCAUCUCGUUCCCAGCUUGCUCAGUCUGACGCUGUUGUCCGCAAGCGCUCUGGCAGACGGACAGCUGCUCCAGCGACGGAACCCAAAGGCGAAUCCUCAGCCCGUUGCGGAGAACCCCAAGAAGCUCAAUCAUGUCGAGCUACUCCAAGAGGGAUCAGGGCUGAUUGACCAAGCUUCACCACUGAUCCUGGCCGCAAAGAAAAAGGUCGCCAACCCAAAGAAGGCGGUCUCGAAGGAGCCUGUGACGACUACCUCGUCUGCGCCAACCGCGACGGCGACAGUACGCAAGCUACUUCGGAGCGCAUACUAUCCCGAUUGGUCAGGUGAUCAACUCACGCCAGAAGCACUGGACUACUCCAAGUUUGACUAUCUCGACUUUGCGUUUGCGAUACCCGAUUCGUCAUUUGGUCUCUACUUCACGCAAGACGAUUCCGAGUCGCUCCUCACUCGGCUCGUCAAGAACGGCCACGCAAACGGUGUCAAGAUCAUGGUCUCGAUAGGCGGCUGGACAGGCUCAAAGUACUUCUCGGUCGCAACGCAGACCAAGGCGAACCGUCAAGUCUUUAUUCGCAACAUCAAGUCGAUGAUGGACAAGUAUGAUCUUGACGGCAUUGACAUUGACUGGGAAUACCCUGGCUCAUCAGGCAACUCGGGCAAUAUCUGGGCUGCAGAUGAUACGGACCAUCUCUAUCUGUUCCUGAAGGGCCUACGAGCGUCUAUCGGAGCAGCCAAGAUGAUCAGUAUGGCGGUAACACAGCAGCCCUGGACUGGCCCCAAUGGCAGCCCACUGGCAAAUAUCUCAAAGUAUGCUCCGUACCUCGAUCGCGUGCUCGUCAUGAAUUAUGAUGUCUGGUCAUCUUCAUCUACCCCUGGCCCCAAUGCGCCCUUCUCGGAUGGAUGCGGCAACUCGCUUCAACCUACAGCGAACGAAGUCGCAGCGAUCGACCAAUGGCUCGGCGCUGGUUUCCCUGCAACGCACAUCAUCAUGGGUCUGCCGAUUUACGGCUACGUCUCAAAGUCGUCCGCUACCAAGCUACUCGACAAGCGCUCUCGACCUCGCCUUGCUUCCGCUGCUCAACCCAUCCCCGUCGUCGAAGAGGAUGCAUUCGAAGAAGAGGAAGCUCCCGUUCCCAUUCGUCGUCGUCUGACCAGACGCCAGCAAUUCGAGAUUGGCUCUGCCGAAGGGCAAGCCCGUCGAGCCCAUGCAAAGCGUCAAGCCACAAGCACGCCCACUGUUGAGUAUGCUGCUUCUGCCACCACCUCCGGCACAGCGGCGACAGCCACCAACACGAUCGUCAUCUGCCCAGAUAACCACUCUGGAUGGGGUUGUGGACCUAAGCCCGUCAAUGUGCCCACGCAUGCGUCCAAUAUCACCGUCAAAGCAGGCAACGCGGGCGAUCUCAGUGCUUGGAUGGGCAGUCAGAUCGAAUUCAACCAGAUCGUCGAAGCUCAAGCUCUCGUCCAGCUCGCCAACGGAACCUUUGUUGGCAAAUCGGGCUACGAUCGUUACUGGGAUUCUUGCUCGUCUACGCCCUUCUUGGUCAACAAGAUCAGAAACACUGUGGUCACCUAUGACGAUCAACAGUCUCUCGCCAUCAAGGCGGCUUAUGCUGCAGAGCGAAAGAUUGGCGGAAUCGGGUGCUGGGAUAUCGGAGGCGAUACGUACUCAAAAGGUUACGCCAUGAUGUCGGCCAUCAAUACCGCGCUGGGCUACUGA